GCCCGCUCUCGCCUCUGCUGGGCAGCGGGAGACGGGGUUAGGGACGGUCAUCUGGGGUAGAACGGUCGGAGGGGACUGAGUGGUUAUUUAAUUGUUAAAAUCAUCUGUUCAGCAUUCCACUGAAUGGUUAUUAAUAAUGGUGAUGAUAAUUAUAAUGUUGGUAUAACGUUUCACUCUUUGGGUGAUUUCACGAAUACCUACCUAGCGAGGUAGGCCGUGGAGGGAUGGUUAUAGCCUGUGGUGCGAUAUGGACACUGAGGCUCAAGUGGUUCCUGUGGUUCUUUUUUUUUUUUUUUUCUUGAAAUCACUUAAUAGCCACCGAACCAAAACAGAUCUGAAGAGGUUUCCUGAAUGUGGAGUGUGAUUUUCCCAAACCGUCUUUACCUUGUGCUGUGUUUGUUUCAACGAUGUUUGGAAGAUUGACUCUUCCACAACUGCUCUUUGCUAGCAUUCUUGGAAUUGCUUCAGGAAUAUAUAUUUAUCAGCCAAUAUUUGAGCAAUAUGCCAGAAAUCAGAAGGAAUUAACAGAAAAGUUGAAAUUGGCACAAGAAUCAGAAAAGAAGAUAAGUUAAUUCUCCAUAAAGUUGAAUUAUAAUGAUUGCUUGAAGUUCCACUGAACUUAUACAUUAACUAUAAUCUAGUAGAAACUUAGAUAUAUUUUAAAUAUAAAUAAA